UGGACAGGUUUUCAUAAAUCUCCCCCAUGGUGUUCAGUUCAGACCGCCAUUAAAUAAUAGAAUGAGCUGGAAGAAGCGCUUCUCUCGACAUCUUAAGACAGGCUCCAUAGACUUACUGUAGAGUUUGUCUUCUGCAGGAUGCAAUGAGAUGGGGAGAGAAGCACUUAAAGGAGAUAUAUCACGCUAAAAAAGUUAUCCCCUAUCCAAGUCUUAGAUUGUGGGAGGUCUGACCUCUGGGACCCCCGGCGAUCUUGUGCAUCGGGCCCAGACUCUCCCCGUGAGAGGUGCAUGUCAACCCUGCACAAAGCAGCGGCCGCCAGAGGAAAAAAAACAAAGUCCGGCAGUGCUUCUCGCAACAAUGGUAACUGCUUGAAACCAAAUGCCCGAUGAUACACCACUGUGCGUGAAAUGGCUGCUGUCACCCACCCAGUAAAGCUAUCCUGCCUCUUUGUCUCUGCACCCACUUGUCUUUCAAUCUUUCUACAGUUUUCAUGGAAUAAAGCAACUUCUAUCAAGUCCUGAAUGAUCUAUGAGAACAGUGUCCUGAUUUCAAAAUGGCACCAACAGCUGGAACAGACUUGGGGUACACCCCCCCUGAUGGCGGCUGGGGAUGGAUGGUGGUGGUUGGGGCUUUUAUAUCGAUGGGAUUCUCCUACGCCUUUUCCAAAGCUGUAACUGUUUUUUACAAAGAAAUCCAGGAUUUUUUCGGAGCCUCCUAUAGUGAGAUUGCCUGGAUAUCCUCAUUACUGCUGGCUUGUAUGUAUGCAGGAGGUCCUGUCAGCAGUAUUCUGGUAAACCGAUAUGGUAGCAGACCUGUGGUUAUAGCUGGUGGUCUCCUAAGUGGUAUCGGCAUGAUUUUAGCCACUUUCUGCACCAGUAUCAUACAACUAUAUAUCUGUGUCGGUGUCAUAGCAGGUUUUGGGUUCUCUAUGAACCUCCAGCCAUCCGUUAUUGUGGUAGGAAAAUAUUUUUUGAAAAAACGUCCAAUGGCUAAUGGCCUGGCCAUGGCAGGAAGUCCCGUAGUUCUCUCUACACUUGCUCCUCUAAACCAGUUUUUGUUUGACAAGUAUGGAUGGAGAGGAAGCUUUCUUAUUUUAGGUGCCUUACUGCUUAACUGUUGCGUUGCGGGUGCUCUCUUCCGACCAAUUGGACUCCAGACAAAAACUAAAAAAGACAAGCCAGACAAGGACCCAGAGAAAAUAAAUAUAAGUCUGGCAGGACAAGAAAAAAACUUGAAACCCGAGAAGAAAGAGACAGAAAGUUGUUUGACAAAAUUCAAUAAGGUCUUGGAUUUGAGUUUGUUUAAGCACAGAGGCUUUUUGAUCUACCUCAUAGGAAACGUGUUGAUGUUUAUAGCCUUUUAUGCCCCUAUAGUGUUUCUUGCUCCUUAUGGAAAGCACCUUGGUGUUGAUGAGUAUUCAGCAGCCUUCUUGUUGUCUGUACUUGCCAUCGUUGAUAUGAUCGCUAGACCAGCCACCGGAAUAAUUGCAAACACAAAAUGGAUCAGACCAAGAAUUCAGUACUUUUUCAGCUUUUCUGUAAUAUUUAAUGGUUUCUGCCACCUCAUGUGCCCUUUUGCUACAAGUUAUGUUGGUCUUGUCGUGUACUCUGUGUUCUUUGGCUUAGGGUUUGGCAUGGUAUGUUCUCUGCUCUUUGAAACUCUUAUGGAUCUUGUUGGAGCAAAGCGGUUUUCAAGUGCCGUUGGAUUGGUUACAAUUGUAGAAUGUGUCCCUCUACUUCUGGGACCCCCAAUUGGAGGUGCUAUUGUGGAUACCUUUGGAGACUACAAAUACAUGUUUUUUGAAUGCGGGGCUAUUAUGGUCUUUGCUGGACUUUUCCUUCUCAUUGGGAACUUUUACAACUACCGUAUGCUUAGGAAAGAAGCAGAGUUGGAAAACCAAGAACUGAAGAAGGAUUUAGAAAUGAAGGAUGGCUCUGCUUUGAAAAAACGUGACUAUGAGCAAGUGAGCAGUGACGAUAAGCCAAAGAAUGGCAAUGAGGUCCAGGCUGCCAAAUGUGAUAAUGAAAAAUGUGAAGAUGUCAAUGGAUCUGGUCAUCAAUGUUAGAAGCACUUGAGAACACUUAUAACUAUUUGUAGGUGUGAUAUCCAUAUAAGACAUUUCUGUCAUCUAUCUGGUGCUCCGUGUUUCCGGAUUAUGUGGUGUCAACAAGGGGCUUGACCGGAAGAAAUUACCCAACUCUAAAAAAGGGGACCGACAGAACAUGCAAACUUGGAAUUAAGGCAUCUCACUAUGCAAUAUAUUGCAUUCUGACCAUGCAAUAUAUUUAAUUACAAAUGAUCUCCCUACAAGGAGGAUAGAAGAUGCUCUAAGUACUUCUAAACAUAUAUAGGUGUCCCUGAAAUGGUCAAAUAUCCAUCUAAAGAAAUUGAUCGUAAGCUUUUGGUCUAUAAAUGCAAAACAGUUUGGUCUAAAAGUGUCUCAAAUGGGUUGCCCCAUUAGAACAUUACCUGUAGAUACAUUACCAAUCACUUUAAACAGCAGCAGAUAGCCAGUGCAAUGAGUGUAUCCAUUUGGAGGACUCCUUUGAAUGGGCAACAUACAAUAACACAUUGUUCUUGCUGUGGUCACUGUAGGUGACAUGAGCAGCCACUGCAUCUUCCACUGUUGGUGACAGCUGAUUGAGUAAAUUUAAAGAGGUAUGCCAUAAAGAAUGUUACCUAUCUAAAGCUUAAAUACUAGAUAAGUGAGGAUCUGACUAAUGGAACCCCAGCUGACUACUAGAAUGGAUUACCCUGAUUCUCCAUUAACCCUAGCUGCACCAUGAUGGCUCAGCUGUUUGAAUGGAGUGGCACCUAAGUAUGCUUUUGCCAUAUACUUUGAAUGGAGCGGAAGGAUUUUUAAGAAUAAAUGAUGUUAUGACUCAGGGAAACAACAUUUGGCUUUAUGUAUCGGUUUUAGAAGAAUUACCGUAGAAGACAAUGACCUUAGUAACCAAUCACCGUGCAAUGUUAAUUUUUCAAGGGUAAUUUAGACAAUAAAAGCUAAGCUCUUAUUGGUUAAUAAGGGCAGCAAGGCCAUAUUUUCUUUUAGGGCCCUUUCACACUGCUGUUGCUCCCCAUCGAGAGCUGCUGUUAAAGUCUACAUUUUUUUUUGUCAAUUUAGCAGCCGUUCUCGUGAUGGGGAACAGUGGGCAACAAUGGGUCCCGGCGGCUCUCAUUUACUAUUGUGGGGGCCGCUGGGACCCGUUAUUUUUUAAAGGGAAUAGCGGGAGAAAAAAACGGCUUUUGUAGUUAUUUUUCUCCCGCUAUUCCCCCAGGCUCCCCCGAAGGCCGUCACACUGCCGUGUGCUAAUGGCAGUGUGAAAGUAGCCUAAGACAUUUUUGGUAAAUUAGCCAAUUGUUUUCUUAUAUUUAUGACUUAUACUUAAAAACAUCUUGUGUUUUGUGAACUUGAAUAUGACAAUUCACACUCUAAAGGGCACUUUCAUUUUUAAAGGACCAAAUAUUUUAUGAAGAAAAACACUGAUUGAACUCUGUCAAACUUUAUUAAUGUGAACCAAAGAAAUCUCGUUUGUUCCUAAAUUAAUUCAAAGCCAAUGGUAAUUAUUUUGGCAAUAAUUGUACCAU